AUGGAAGGCCAGAUUACAGAUGGGAAGAAGGCUGAUGGAGCUUUGGAAGGAUUUGCUCCUCUCUCUUCCACAAGGAUUGAUUGGAAACCCAGAAAGAGAUCAGCUAGCGGGAGGAAUGUAGACAAGAUAACAGAAGAUACUGCUAAUAAUACUCCCGACAAACAGGAAGAGCCCGUCACUGAGGAGGAGAUGCAGGACUUAGCUCCAGCACCUGAGCUUUCUGAACGUCGAAAGGCUCUUUUUGAACCCUUAGAACCUAUAACAAAUAUCAAUGGGAAGCGACCGUCGGCUGAAUCCUUACUUCCUCCGCCAGACUUUGAUGCCACAGCCUAUCCUAAGGGGUGGCUGAUUGGAAAAAAGCGAAAGCUAGUCAAUGUUGACGUGGUUGAGAGUAUGCGGAGGAUCGCUGUGCAGGAAAUGAACAGAAAGGAUAGGGAAAUUGAUGGGCUAAAUGAGCAAUUGGAAGAGGGAUGCAAGGUGCCUAGAACACUUGCAACUUCAGCUCCUGCAAGAGCGAAGCAAACGGUCGGAGGUGGAGAGAGAAAAUGCAAUGCUGCAAGACCAGGUCACCAUGCUAAUGAACAUGCUGGGAGAAGAUGA